AUGACCCCACCUGCACGACCUCCGAAAAACACUCCGAGUUCUCGUCAGAAGCUCGCGAGACGUGCCUGCGAUUCAUGCAAGAUUAGAAAGAUCCGCUGCUCAGAAACACCCCCUUGCACAGCGUGUGAGGCAUCAGGCAUAGAAUGUACCUUCAAUCGUUCACAAGGAACGAGAGGGCCGCGAGGAUUGAGACCACGAACGUUGGAUAAGAUUGAGCGAAGACGCCAUGGCGAUGUAGAGAAAAGCGAUACCUCAAGCCCGGAUCAAGCUAUUGCCAAGAAGUCACCGUCGCCUGUUGAUGAAAUAGCCUGUUUACUUGACGUUCUAGAGAUUUACUCUGACAGACUGUACCCCAUCUGGCCCAUCGUCGAUGCAACUGAUCUAAGGAACAAGAUUCGGCAGAAUCCCAAUGAAGGCGGUGCAGCGAGGUGCCUUGCUAAUGCUGUGGCUCUCGCUGCUAUCGCUCAACUGAAACUGGAUACUGCAUGGCGGCCCAGCGUAGAGGAAGCGGAAACAAGUGGGUUGAGUGAGAAGCUGGGUCUGUUGGAUGCUUUGAGGAUUUCCUUCUUCCUACAUAUUUACCAUGAGAACGCCUUGCCUGGAGGGACAAAGUCGCUUGUGUACCUGCGUGAAGCUAUCACGCAGGCACAAAUAUUAAGGCUUGAUCGUGAGUCUACAUAUCCUUCGCUUUCAGAAGCCGAUCAACAUGUUUCGCGACGGAUUCUCUGGCUACUGUUUGUCACUGAGAGAGGUGUUGCUCUCUUGCACAAGCUUCCCAUAGUCCUCAAGCCCAACAUCUUGUUCCCGUGGUUCGGAGGAGCUGAUGACCGUGCUGAGGUUUUACCAGCAUUUCUAAAGUUGGUCCAUCUGUUCUGGGUCUUUGAUCAGUCCAACAUCUUUGAGAUACUUCGCAACAUCGACGCGGACUCGGAGAUAUCCAACAUGGCCUCUGUGGCUCAGAAUUGCUUGGAGCUCCUGCAGCAAAAGCUUCUCGACUCGGCCGAUAAUGACGAUUGGGGGCCGAUAAACGAAGUCCAGCGAGCAGACAUGUUUGUUACAAGACAGUGGAUGCGUGCUGUGCUAUGGCGCGCGGCUCUUCGAUUUGGAAUUGUCAUACCUUCGAUGAACCCCAUUCAUAUCGCCAAAGACUUUUUGAGCCUCGUUUCCGAGCUUCCAAAAGCUGCUCUUGAGUCUCAUGGACCAACGCUGGAAUUCAAAACAUUUGAGAUUGCUACGGCAGUAAUUGACGCGAUCGCAAGUGAUCACUCAAUACAAAUCGAUCAAUCGGGUCCAAUACUCCAUCAACUACGCGACAUACUUUCGUCCUGCCGGGGAGGCAAUCGUACUCUUCUUUCACUCCUCACAAUACGAAUGGACGCAAUCUUCAAUUCAGGCCGCAUGCUGGAACCAGAGGGUGAUUCGGUGACUUUUGAAGCAAAUCUACCAUCGACCUUUCAGGAUACGGCCGAGCUUUUGACAGCACAACCAAACCUCACGAUGCCAACGUAUCAAUUCAUGGAAGGCCAAGCUUCUCAAAUUUGCUGGCCACCCUUGGACCUCGGUUACCUGGUUCGAUCGCCAUCGCCGCUUACUCGUAUGCUACUGGAGUCGAUGCCCCGCGAUGUUGCUGAGCAGGACGAAAUCCAGCAGAUAAUUGAGACACCAACCUAA